AUGGACUUACAUGAUCCUUCUGAGGAAAUAAAUCAGCAGAGCGAAGGCGAGGAUGACAAAGGGUACGAGGAGGUGAUUGAGGAGGUGGAGGUGGAAGAGGAGUCAUAUAUUAGUGGGUCGUACGAAGAAGCAUACGAUGAGGAAAUGACCGAUGACGAGGAGGAGGAGGAACAGAAGGAAGACCAGGAGAAUCUUCUCUCAUUUUCAACAUUUCCGCUGGAAGCGUUACGCGGCCAGCACAUUAUGGUGGCGGUGGCGUUCAAUCGGUUCAUUGUUAUUGGCACCAAUCGUGGUGUGGUGGCAUUGGUGGAGGGGUCUGGUGUGGUGCUUCGCAUGCUCAACAAUCACAUCGACCCCAUUAGUGACGUGAGCUGCGACAUUAUGGAGGAGCAUGUGGGUUCCUCCGACAAGGCGGGUGUUGUUACUGUGCAGAACCUGAGUGACGAGCAAGAUUUUUAUCGAAGGGAGUUUGAUGUUCCAAUUUAUUCAAUGGCACUUCAUCCAAAAUACAGCCGCAGUGAAGAUCGAGCCAUUCUUUUGGGUGGCGGUGAUAAAGUGAUGCUCAUUACAAAAACGAGAAUUUUAGGCCACCGAAAAAUCACCAUUUUGCAGGAGCGGCGUGGAAAGGUGUACGCGGUACGCUGGUGUGGCCCCGAGUUGAUUGCCUGGGCAAAUGAUCGUGGUGUGCAGCUCUAUAGCUAUACUGGACGGGCGAUGGUGCAUUUUGUAUCUAGACCCGUGGACUCAUCAAGACUGGAGUUUUACCGCUGCUCCCUCGUGUGGGAGGCCCCUCGUACACUUACCUGUGGAUGGGGAGACUGGGUUCAGGUGCUUCACGUCUACGAGCUACGGAUGGAGGAACCGGUUGAGAUG